CGCAGAAGAGCUGCUUGCAUCUCCAACAGACGCUCCAACGCCUUUAGAUCUCGAUUAUCGUCUGACCCGCCCCGAUCUGUGCGGCACAGGGGAGCAGUAGCAGCGCGACGGCGAGAAGACUGGAAGAACGGCUGUUCUGACUUCAUUUUGCGAGACGAGACGACGCAGCAACAGCAGCAGCAGCAGCAGCAGCAGCAGUCAUGGCGAGCCCUUCGAAGCUCUCUGGGGGCGAGGCCAGCUGGCUGUCUUCUGGGCCGACUGGAGCUACACCAACUGGGGCAGGGGCUGGAGCAGGAGCAGGAGUGGCGGGAGCACCGACAUCGGGCACGUCGGCAGGCGUCGCGCUGGCUCCUUCGGACGCUGGCAGAGGGUUUGGUGCGAGCCCAGGUGCAGUGUCGGACCUGAGCAACGAAGCUGCUGCCGGCCAUGGCUUUGGCUCCACGUCGUCCAUCGGCGGCACAUCGCCGUACUCACCGACGAUUCCCGCCUCGUCAUCCACCGCCUCGGGCAACAUCCUCGUCUCGGCGCUCCAUCCCACCUCACCACCCAGCAACCGCGUCGUCGGCGGCUUCGACAGCGCGGCCACGACGCCCAACAUGGCCUCGUCGGUCUCCAACGGCGCCGACGACGACAUGCUGCCCGAGGCCAACACGCCCGCUGCGAGCAGCAGCAUUGGCACCUUUUCGCAGCUCACGGCCGUCAACUCUUCCAUGAACGAAGAGGUGAUCCCGACGACUUUUGACGAAGCGACGCUUCGUGCGCUGUGCGACAUUGACUGCGGUAUGCCGCUGCUGUACGAUCGGAUAAAGCAGUCGAUGACAUCGUCGAACCAGGCGGCGACCUUUUUCAAGAAGAGGGCCGUCAUCGAGGAAGAAUACGCGCGAAACUUGGCCAAGCUCGCUCGGAGCACAGCAGAGACGUAUGCGACCACCGAAGGCAAGGCAGGCACCUUUGUCAAUUCGUGGCAUUCCAUCAUGCGCACGCAUGAGGCGCUGGGCGAGUCCAGAUUGCGGUUCGCGGGUAAGCUGCAGGAGAUGUCAGAGGAGCUGAGCACACUUGCGAAGGAGGUGGACAAGAACCGAAAGUAUGCGCGCGACACGGGACUGCGGCUCGAGAGGAACCUCCAGGAUGCGGAGCAGGGUGUCGAGAAGAGCAGGUCCCGCUUCGAUGCGGCAGCAGAGGACCUGGAGAGGCUGCUGCUUCUCAAGAGCGGCGAGAGCACAAAGGGAGGAGAACUGCAGCAGCAGAGCAGCGGGCCGGGAGGGAAACGGACGCUGGGCAAAGCCAUUGGCAAGAGCGGGCUGCUGUUCAAAAACAAGAACCCGCAGCAGAUUCUCAAGCAGGAAGAGGAGAUCAGGAGCCGGACAUCGGUGGCCAGCGAUGCGUUCAGAAAAGAAGUGUUGACGACACAGGGCAUGCGGCAGGAGUAUUUCAACCUGCAGCUCCCGCGGAUCCUCCGAUCGCUCAAGGAGAGCUCGGAAGAGAUCGACAAUGGCUUGCAGUACCACCUUGCCCGGUAUGCGUUCCUCUACGAGAGCACGCUGCUCGCAGACGGCACCACGAUCAUGCCCAUCUCGGCAGACGGCAGCGUAGGGCUCAAAGCGGCGGCAGAGGCCAUUGACAACCGGUCCGAUUUCAAGACGUUCAUGCAGAAUUACCAGGUGGCUCACGCUCGAGACUACAAGGGCCCGCGGCGAGAGGGUCCUUAUGAGGAAGGAUUCGUGCCGACACUUCCGACUGCCUCUACAACCGGUGCGGCCAAUGCGAAGAACAACUCGCUUUCUGCACCUCGCCGGCCCAUCUUUGGCGUUGGCCUGGCGGAUCAAAUGGCGCGCGACAACGUCGAGGUGCCGCCGAUCCUGGAACAAUGCGCCGAAGCAAUCGAAAAUGUCGGCCUGCAAAACAUGGGCAUCUACCGGCUCUCGGGCACAUCCUCCAAGGUGCAGAGACUCAAGAGCAAAUUCGACACCGACUGGUCCACCGUCGACUUGUUCAACGACGAGGCCAUAAAUGACAUCAACAUCGUCGCCGGCUGCCUGAAGCUUUGGUUCAGGGAGCUGCCGGAGCCAUUGAUGACAUGGGAACUAUACCAAGGGUUUAUUGAUGCUGCCAAGAUUGACAAUGAUCGGAUGCGGCACAUUCGAAUGCAUGAGCGAGUCAAUGAUCUCCCCGAUGCCAACUAUGCUACGCUCAAAUACCUCAUGGGCCACCUGGAUAAAAUCAGAGCCGAAGAGGCACACAACCAAAUGAGUGCCUCGAAUUUGGCCAUUGUCUUUGGACCGACGUUGCUUAGUCCUCCGCCGGCGGGGGAAGGCGACGGAGGCGCGUCCGGCGUGGCGCCAAACGGAGGGGCCCACCUCCAAGAUAUGAGCUUCCAGUGUCGGGCCGUCGAGACGAUCCUGGAGAGAUAUGCGGCCAUCUUUGUCGAUGACGAGGGCGACGAUCAGUGAUCAGCAUGUGUUUACUAUACCGUCUUUUCUCUUCUUCUUCCGCACACCCUUGUUGUUGAUGCUUUCAUAAUUUCCCUUCUUUCAUCACCCACUUGAUCGCCUUCUUCUCUCUCUCAGAGGUCUUUGCAGAUUUGUUCUCUUCAAACCAAGGAAGAACGUGCUUCUCUUCAACCUACGUCCUCACUUGUCACCCUGCACGGUUUCUUCCCGUUGUGUAAAGGUUUAAGCGCAGGGCGAUGAACCUUGAAGGUGUCUUUUCUCACGUCGCCAAUUUCUAUUAGUUGUUGAGGGC